AACUUUCAGCGUGGGCUACGACAGUGCUCGGUAAGUUCGCGAGCGUGGCACUCGCGCGAUUCAACCCAGUCUUGUGAAUUCGCAAACGCGGAAGAGUGCAGAACGCGACGAAAGCGCAGCGAUCGCAGAAAAUCGGCGGGAUUAAGUCGGGACGUAUAGAGCAUCUUACUCGACAGAUUCGAGUGAUCCGCGAACUGACGUUCCAGUUUGCAAGCAUGGACGGCCUGAGCGUUACUCAAUCCUUCUACCAAGGCAAAAACAUUUUCAUCAGCGGCGCUACAGGUUUUAUGGGGAAGGUCCUCUUGGAGAAGCUGCUGUACAGCUGUCCCGGUAUCGGCAAGAUUUACAUCCUCAUACGACCCAAGAGAGGCCGCAGUAUCGACCUCCGGCUUGAUGACAUGUUCAAAUUGCCCAUGUUCCAAAGGAUACGUCAGGAAAAGAAGGAAGUUAUACAGAAAGUGAAGCCGAUGGACGGCGACAUAACUAGCGAUAAUCUGGGCCUCACCGACGAGCAGCGGGAGACGCUGAUUAACGAGGUGCACCUGGUAUUUCACCUCGCCGCUACUCUUCGAAUGGAGGCGAAGCUGAAGGACUCUGUCGAGAUGAAUGUAUUGGGCACGAGGAGGAUGUUGGACCUGGCUAAGCAGAUGAAGCAUCUGCAGCUGUUCCUUCACCUGAGCACAGCCUUCUGUCAUGUUGAUCAAGAGGAACUCGGCGAGACUAUCUAUGACUCCCCCGACGACCCCAAUGACGUUAUAAGACUCUGUGAAUGGAUGGACGAGAGCACCAUCGAUAUGAUUACGCCCAAGUUGUUGCACCCGCAUCCAAAUACUUACACCUACACGAAGCGUUUGGCCGAGACGCUGGUGGCCAGAGAAUACUCCAAUAUACCGUGCGCCAUCGUCAGGCCGUCGAUCGUAACCCCCGCCGUCGAAGAGCCUGUGCCGGGAUGGGUCGAUAAUUUGAACGGUCCUACUGGGAUACUGGUUGCUGCCGGCAAAGGUGUCCUCAGAUCGAUGCUUUGUGACACUCGGUAUCGCGCUGAAGUUAUACCGGUUGACUUCGCGAUUAAUUUUAUGAUCCUUAUGACUUGCGCAAUCGUUACCAAAAAGAAGCCGGCCAGUAUACCAGUCUUUAAUUUAACGCAAAACCAGGAAUUGCCGGUAACAUGGGGCGAUAUAUUGAAAAAAGGCAGGAAAAUCAUUUACCAGUAUCCUUUCGAAGGACAGGCUUGGUAUCCGGGCGGCAAUGCGCGCAGUAACAAAUUUGUGCAUUAUCUCAUAGUCUUCUUCUUCCACAUCAUCCCCGCAUACCUGAUUGACUUUCUGAUGCUGAUAUUUCGACAGAAAAGAUUCAUGGUCAGAAUUCAGAAGCGAAUUUCUGACGGCAUGGAGAUAUUGCAAUAUUUCACCAUGAGAAAUUGGAAAUUUUACAAUGACAAAAUACUGACUUUGCGAGACCAGUUAUCACUAGAGGAUCAGAAGUUAUUCCAUGUUAAAUUUGAUGUGGUACACAUAGAUGAAUAUAUGAAAAUUAUUAUCCUCGGCACACGGCAGUAUUGCAUGAAAGAAAAAUUGUCUACUUUGCCGCAAGCUCGUCGGCAUCAGGCAAUAAUGUACGUUAUCCACCAUCUCAUGAAAUUCCUCUUCUACUUCGGCAUAUUAUAUCUCAUCUACAAGCACUUCAGUCUAGCGAGGUACCUGGAUCUCAUUUCCCAGCAGACCAGCGUAGCAGUCUUGAUACAAGCAGUUGUAGCAUUGCAGAGCUAAUGAUGUAUUUCCUACGAGAUAUAAUUUCGUAUAUUAAAUCGACUGGUGUACGCUCGAUUUUGCGUAAAGGUGCUUGCAACACGUUUCUUCUAAUCGGGUGAAAAAAGCGCAUGAAAUGUCGCAUUUGCAAGAUAAUUACAGGGGCAGGAGCUAAAAUGACAGUAUUGCAAUGGCAAAUAUUGACUCGUUAUUAUAAUCCUAACUCGUAAUAAAGAUACUCGGGAUUUCUCUGAAUUCUUCAUUGCGGUGGUGAUUAACGUUGAAUGUCACAACAAUUAUCAUACUUAUCAUAAUAACUUAGUGGUCAGGUUCAUGAAUAAUGUUCUUAAUUAUGACCACUUGAAUUUCCAAUAUAAUCAGGAGAAAAAACGUUCGAUAGUUUCGUAAUCAAGUGUGCGCAUACAUACAUAUAAUAGAUAAUUUGUGAGACGCACCAUGUAUAUAAAGUAUGCAUAAUGUGUGCAACGUUGCGAGCAAACGAGAAACGAUGAAGACAGUUCUCUGGUCUUUUUCGAUGCACUUUGAACCGCUCGAACGCAGGUUCGCGCGCUAAAUACAAGAUGGAGGAAAGCGUGCUGUGUAAAUCUGCUUCUAGACUUCGACCUGAGGUAGAGUCUCUCUAACCAAUCUUCACGGACACGGAUAUCUCCGAUUGAGGCGAGCGUGCCGCCGGACGUCGCUAUAUGAGUGGCCUAUACCAGCUUUAAUUUAUCAGACGUCACGCAGGCGUCACGCAUCUUUAGGAAACUCCGACAACCUUAAUCAAGAGACACGUUGAUUAUGGAUAUAGGUUUCAUUAAUGUAUCGUCGUGUGGUUCCGACAAAUUUGCACCGAGGUCAUAAUUAAGAGCACUACUCAUGAGCCUGAUCACCAAGUCAUCAUGACAAAGGCUGAAGUAUAAUAAUUGUUGUGACAUUCAACGUUAAUCAUUACCGGCCAAUGAAGAAUGCAGAAAAGUCCCGAGAGAAAACAUGGUCUAACGGGUCUAACAGGCGAGAAAAAGAUAUUUGUUCCACGUAGGCGCUGAUAACAUAUUUAUUUGCCUGAAAUGUAAUUGCGAAGAACAUGUGUUUUCUUGAAAUUGCGGCUUUUCACAGAAGCGAUUGCUUAUUCCAUUUAAGCGAAAGAAUUUAGAUCCGGGUAAAUAUGCUAUUGGCACAAAUGCUUGAUAUCCUUUGGAUCUUUUUUUAUCUUUCUCUCUUAAUAUAUUAUAUAUAAUGUAUAGUUUAUACAGAGGUAUUUUUAUUGUGGAAUAAAGUGUACAUACAAACGCGCAA